UCCAUGCUACAGAGACCACAAUGGCAUCACUCAGCAGUGCAAAAGAGAUGGAAGUCUCUCCUUGCAAUUUGCUGUCUGUGAAAAUUAUACAAAUAAAAAAUUUACGAAAGGCGGAUUUAUUUAGCCAGUCUGAUUGCUAUGUGAGCUUGUUUCUGCCAACGGCUUCAUUUAAAAAGUCCUGGACUAAGACUAUUAAGGACUGUAACAAUCCAAAGUGGAAUGAAACUUUCUGCUUCAGGAUACAGAAGAAGGUCAAACUUGGAGAAAAUGUUUGCCUCACAUUUCCAUUGGAUCCAAAAAUUCAAGAGGAGCUGGAGGUAGAAUUUAGCCUGGACAGCAUUCCCGUUCCUGAUGAGCAUAUUGUUACCAAUGGCAUAUUAGUGUCUCGUGAAAUUUCCUGCUUGGAGGUACAAGCGAAUGGAGGAAAGAUGAUGGAAAAGGAAUCAAGAGAGAAAAACUUCACAUUUACCAUGCAAGGAUCCUUUGAAGAAACCCAGGAGCUUUCGUUAGGGUCUAAGUUGCAUCCUGCUGAUCCUCUUGUGUUUCACUACAUCAAGUAUAUGGAAUCUGCACUGGUAAUUGAACUACCAAGGAAGUCACAUGCUUGUUGUUCUAGUGGAAAUACAGAUGAAAAAGUUUGUCUCACUUUGCCGGUGGAUUCACUUCAUACAGAAAAGGAAGUUACUUUAUCCAAGGACAAAAAAAUUGAUCUAUGUGUAAAAGUAAAAGAUUGGCCAAAAGACCUAGAUGUGCGUUUGGGAUAUGAGCUAUGUUUGGAUGAACAAAUCCUAAUACACAAACGGAAGAAGAUUGCUGCAGUUGCCCUGAAAAAAGCUCUCUGCUUACAGAAGGAUUUGCAGGUUGAUGAGGUGCCAGUGGUGGCUGUUAUGACAACAGGGGGUGCCGCCAGGGCAUUCACAGCUUUACAUGGUAACCUAUUUGGUCUUCAAAAAUUAGGCCUCCUAGAUUGCAUUUCAUAUAUCACUGGAUCUUCUGGCUCCACCUGGGCCAUGUCAAAUCUGUACAAACAGGCUGAUUGGUCACAGCGGGACCUUUCAGGGGCAAUUGCAGAGGCCCGCAAGAAUAUGACCAAAUGCAAGCUGGAUCUCUUUUCCAUAGAAAACUUAAAGGAAUACAGUAAUGCACUGGAGCAGCGGCAAAAGGAAGGCUACAAAACAUGUAUUACUGAUCUUUGGGGGCUUUUUAUUGACAAAGCAUUAAGCGAUGGGACAUGCAGCGGCACGCUCUCCGAGCAGAAGCAUGCCCUGAGUCAUGGCCAGAAUCCUCUGCCUAUAUACAUGGUUCUUAACACCAGGAACAACUACAGCCUUCCGGAAUUUAAAGAAUGGAUGGAAUUUACCCCCUUUGAGACUGGAUUACUAAAAUAUGGUGCCUAUGUUCGUUCUGAGGAUUUUGGAAGCAAAUUCUUCAUGGGUCGUCUAAUGAAGAAGCUUCAAGAAUCUAGAAUCUGCUUCAUGAAAGGUCUGUGGAGUAACGUUUUUUCCUAUAACCUUCUGGAUUCCUGGCGUGCACUUGACACUUCAGAAGAAAGCAUUUGGCACAGAUUUACCCGGGACAAGAUAAAGGAUAUAGAAGAAAUGCCUCCUCAACCACCAGGACCACAAGAGUUGAAUACUCGCCUCGUUAUCCCUGCCUGUCCAUUUGCUAAAGUCCUUCGUGAAAUCAUAACACAGCCCUUAACAACUCCAGAAUUCUAUAAUUUCUUAAUGGGAUUGCAGUUAAACAAUGGGUAUCUAGAUAAUGAGAACUUUCAUAUAUGGAAAGAUACCGUGUUAGACACUCUUCCUAACCAGUUGACAGCUACCGCAGAAUACCUGUUCCUUGUUGAUACUGCAGCCUAUAUAGAUAUCAGCUACCCACCACUCCUGAGGCGAGAGAGAAAAGUGGAUGUCAUUCUGCAUUUAAAUUAUUCUUCAGGAUCGCAAACCUCAGCUAUAGCUGAAGCCUCCAGAUACUUUUCCAAGCAAGGGAUUCCUUUCCCCAAAGUAGAUUUGAGUAAUAUUAAGGACGAGGAUCUGAAGGAGUGCUAUGUUUUUGAAGAUCCCAGGAAUCCGAAGGCACCUAUUGUGGUUUUCUUCCCUCUCAUAAAUGACACCUUCAAAAAAUACAAAGCACCCGGUGUGAAACGCAGCCCCUUUGAACUGAAACAAGGUGAAGUGGAUUUGACUAGUCCCCUGUCUCCAUAUGGAUUACAAAGCUUUCAGUACACGGAGGAGGAUUUUGAUAAACUGGUGGGACUGACAAGCUACAAUAUUCAGAAUAAUAAAAACUUGAUAUUCCAGGCUUUGCAAAGAGCAAUAGAAAGAAAAAAACACCAGGAGGAAUAGGCACCAUAUCAAAACAAAACAUGUUUGGUAAAUG